AUGGUCACACGGUAUGAAUUUGCAGCAGCUAUCAGAGGCCUACCUGAAGGAGACGAGUUGUCUUUGCAUCUCGAGUGGCUAGAUAAUACUCUAGACAGUGAGGGAGAUGAACGAUGGGUCCAAAUUCUUCGAGUUGGGGCAAGCUUGCCGAUUCUCCGUACACACCCAGUUGAAACAAAGUCGUUCUUGAUAACAUUGCUUGAACAGAGACUGGUCAAUGUGAUAAGGGGAAUGCUGUUAUUGCAACCACCAUUGCAACAAGACUUACGCGACAAGUUGAGCGACGAGCGCCAACAAAUACUGUAUCUGGGACUGCUGCAACUACCACUGGAAGAUCUAAGAUACAACCCUCUGCGAAGGUCCCUCGAACUAGCACUGUUUGUAUCAACGGGACUUUGCUUUGGAAACCCGUUUGGAGGUAGUAUACACCGCUUCGGUGACGAUGAGCCCUUUAUGUGGGACAAGGACACCAGUAUCCAAAAACUUUUAGAAGAGCAUUUCCCAGAACCUGAAGGACGCCUCGACAUGCCAGACAAAUACAGGUCAUUUUCCUCUCUUUUUACCCUAGAACAGAUGAAUCGGCUUAGCGGGAUCAGCUGGGAACCAACAAACCAGCUUAAUCGACACCUCUUGGUAGAGAAAGAUCUUGGCAAAGGGAACUGGAUCACUGUAUAUAUCUAUGGCGACGAAGGAAUGUUACAAACCUUAGCGCGACAAAGGAAUCACUUCGCAGCCGAGUUGGCUAAGGAAGCUCUCCAAACCUUGUCGCUUCUUAACCGAGUGGACCGACACCCGCACUAUAAUCACCCCCGGUACAAAGUUCACGACUUUAAGAUGUGGAGGUGUCGCUUGCUGCAGCUUGAGGAAGACUUUGCCACAGCAGAGCCGAGGUAUCUUACCAACUGGUUCCAUGACCGACGGAAGACAACGACUUGGUUUACGUUCUGGUCCACUUGCCUAGGAAUUUUUCUAGCGACGGUUUUCGCUGUAGUUAGUGUAGGAACAGGUAUCUACUCUUCUUGGGCAGCGGGACAGGCUUUGCAUUAA